AUGGCCGACGAACAAGCUGCACAACAGCCACCGGCUGCCGAGACCAAGGACUUGCACACCGACCCAGUCACCGGCGAGAAAAUCUCCAAGAGUGAACUGAAGCGUCGCCAGAAGCAGCGCGAGAAGGACGAGAAGAAGAAGGAGAAGGAGGCGUCGCUACCUGCGCGGCCCAAGAAGGAGAAGAAAGACGAUGUCGAGGAAUUGAACCCAAACCAAUAUUUCGAGAUCCGGUCUAACAAGAUCAACGCUCUCCGCGCCUCCAAGCAACCCAACCCGUACCCGCACAAGUUCCACACCAACUACAAGCUCGCCGACUAUGUUCGCGACUACUCGCACCUCAAGAAGGGAGAGACUGAGCCCGACAAGGAGAUUCGCAUCGGUCUCCGCGUCAUGACACAGCGCUCUGCCUCCAACGCGCUGCACUUCUACGUUUGCAAGGCUGAGGGUGUCAACAUCCAGGUCAUGUGUCAAUUGCAGGAAGCCAAGGCCGACGUACCCUUCGAGAAGCAGCAUGAGAACAUCCAGCGUGGAGACAUCAUCGGUGUCAUCGGAUACCCAGGUCGCACCAGCCCCAAGAAGGGUGGUGAGGGUGAGCUGAGCAUCUUCGCGCGCGAGGUGAUCCUUCUCACCCCCUGCUUGAGGAUGUUGCCGACGGAGCACUUUGGCUACAAGGACCAGGAGCAACGCCACCGCAACCGAUUCCUCGAUCUCAUCAUGAACGACUCAACACGCAACACCUUCAUCACCCGGAGCAGGAUUAUCAAGGCUGUUCGCAAGUACCUCGACGAACGGGACUUUCUGGAAGUUCAGACGCCUAUGAUGAACAAGAUUGCUGGUGGUGCGACUGCGCGACCAUUCAAGACAUACCACAACGAACUCGACAUGGAGCUUUACAUGCGUAUCGCGCCCGAGCUAUACCUCAAGGAGCUUGUAGUUGGAGGUCUGGAGAGGGUAUACGAGAUCGGCCGUCAAUUCCGUAACGAGGGUAUCGAUCUUACCCACAACCCCGAGUUCACCACCUGCGAAUUCUACAUGGCAUACGCCGACUACAACGACGUCCUGAACAUGACCGAGGAGCUCGUCAGCGAGCUGGUCAAGGAGGUCACAGGCGGAUACGAGACCGUCUACCACACUCAGAGCGGCGAGGUCUACAACGUCAACUGGGCAAGGCCAUGGAGGCGAGUCGAGAUGAUCCCGGCAUUGGAGGAGGCCACCGGCGAGAAGUUCCCACCAGCGGAUCAACUACACACUGCCGAGACCAACGAGUUCCUCAAGAAUGUACUCAAGAAGGUCAAGGUCGACUGCUCAGAACCUCGCACCAACUCAAGAAUGAUUGACAAGUUGGUUGGUGAGUUCAUCGAGGAGACUGCUAUCAACCCUACAUUCAUUAUCGGUCACCCCGAGGUCAUGUCGCCACUUGCUAAAUACCACCGCGAUAUCCCUGGUCUCUGCGAACGUUUCGAGGCCUUUGUAUGCAAGAAGGAGAUCUGCAACGCUUAUACUGAGCUUAACGACCCCUUCGAUCAGCGUCUGCGAUUCGAAGAGCAAGCGAACCAGAAGGCGGCUGGUGACGACGAAGCACAGCUCAUCGACGAGACCUUCUGUCAGUCGCUCGAGUACGGUCUGCCACCCACCGGUGGUUGGGGUAUGGGCAUCGACCGUCUAGUCAUGUUCUUGACCGACCACUACUCCAUCAAGGAGGUGCUCACCUUUCCCUUCAUGAAGGACAUUAUCGAGGUCAAGACGCCCGCAGCGGAGGUCGUCGAUGUAACGCCCAAGCCCACUGAGGGCAUUCGGGGCAAGUUUUUCAUCCAGGAGAAGCUGAAGACGCCGGCGAAGCACCAUGAGUCUUAUGAGCAGCUGUGGGAGACGAAGUGGAAGAAGCCUGCAGAAAUGGGCGUCUACCCCUUCAUGUUCGGCACCGCCUCCGACUUCGAGCCGAUAGUAAAAGAGAUGGUAUCCAAAGACAUGAAAGAGCCCUACAAUUGGGACGAAUACGCCAAAAUUUACUUCCCACAGGCCGAAAAGCUCAAGUCAAUAGCCGAAGAAGCCGAAAAGAAUGGCGAAAAAGAGAAAGCAUCAGAGUACUACCUACGCUCCAGCGCCGUGUACCGCAUCAGCCGCUUCCCAGCGCCACGCAGCGAAGUCCAGCGCGAAGCCUGGAAACUAGGCAAGGAAGUGUGCAUCAAAGGCCUGGGAAUGCGGGAACACCCUGUCCACGAAGUCAUGAUCCCAUACAAACACCGCAACCAAGACGAAGGCGAACACAUACCCGUGUACCACCUCGUCCCUGAAAGCGCAUCGAAAGAAAACCCCGUACCCACCCUCAUCAUCUUCACCGGACUAGACGGGUACCGCACCGAACUAGCCGUAUGGAUGGAAGGCUGGCGGCGUGUCGGCGUCGCAACCAUCGUCCUCGAGAUACCCGGCACAGGCGACUGUCCGGCCACGGCGUCCGACCCAACGUCUCCAGACCGUCUGUACAGCUCGCUCUUCGACUGGGUAGCCACGCAACCGCGUCUCGAUGCAAAGAAAAUCGCCAUCUGGGCCUUCAGCACAGGCGGCUACUACGCCAUGCGCGUUGCGCACACGCACGCUUCUAAACUCGCGGGCGUUGUCGCCCUCGGCGGCGGCUGCCACCAUAUGUUCUCCCCCGAAUGGCUGGACAAUGUAAAUCACCUCGAGUACCCCUUCGAUCUUGCCAACACACUGGCCUACAAAUGGGGCUACGGCAACGACGUCGAGACCUUCAAAAAGGAGGCCAUGAGCAAGUUCUCGUUGCUGAACGAUGGCACGCUGGAUAAGCAGGAGUGUGCGAGGUUGCUGCUGGUGAAUGGGACUGACGAUGAGAUUUUCCCGAUCGAUGAUUAUUAUCUUGCGUUGAUGCAUGGGGCGCCGAAGGAAGCGCGGUUUGUGGAGGGGUUCAAGCAUAUGGGCGAGCCGGAGAGCUUUUUUGUUAUUAUCAAGUGGCUGUAUAAGUUGUUUAGCUUACAGGCGGAGGUGGGGACGAUUAUGGCUACGUUGCCAUUUAAGCCGAAGUACUAA